GCACAUUGUCCAGUAAAGUCCCUUGUCCUCCUUAUGCAAGAAAGGAAAUCCUUACCUAAAUGCACAACCACAAAACAAAUUAAUAUUCUGUGUCUAUUAGAGUUGGACUUCUUUAAAAACGGAUGAAGUGUUCAUCUUUCAAUAUUGAUUUUCCCUGCAUAUUACCAACUCCUGGACUCAGAAACUGAGAAAAGGGAGAAAGAUCCAGAAGUGGGGAGAAAGAGACAACGAGAGAGAAAGAAUGAAUUCAUCCAAAUUACCUGCAUUACCACGCCCAGAAAGAGGAUGCUUUACUUCCCAGGUGUUUUUAUGGACUGUUGCUGGUGUCUCCAUCCUAUUUCUGAGUGCCUGUUUUAUCACCAGAUGUGUUGUAACAUAUCACAUCUUCCAAAACUGUGAUGAGAAAAAUUUCCAGCUUCAAGAGAAUUUCACAGAGCUCUCCUGUGACAAUGAUGGAUCAGAUUCAGUCAAGAACUGCUGUCCAUUGAACUGGAAACAUUUUCAAUCUAGCUGCUACUUCUUUUUUACUGACACUCUGACCUGGGCAUUAAGUUCAAAAAACUGCUCAGCCAUGGGGGCUCAUCUGGUGGUUAUCAACACACUGGAGGAACAGGAAUUCCUUUUCCACAUGAAACCUAACAACAUAGAGUUUUAUAUUGGACUGACGGACCAGGUGGUGGAGGGAAGGUGGGAAUGGGUGGACGGCACACCUUUCAGAGAGUCUCUGAGCUUCUGGGAUGUAGGAGAGCCUAACAACAAACUUACCGUGGAGGACUGUGCCAUCCUAAGAGAUUCUCCCAAUCCAAAGAAAAAUUGGAAUGAUGUACCCUGUUUCUUCUCUAAGGCUUGGAUUUGUGAAAUGCCAGAAAAUAUUUUGAACAAAGAAAAAUCUCUUAAGAACAAAAGGCAUAACUUAACAUAUAAAGGAGAAGGAAAAAGAGUGUGGUCAAAUCCACAACUCCAUUAUGAGAAAAGUAUACAAUGCACUUCAAAGGACUUUAUAAGUAUUUGCUACACUGAUAAAAAUAAGUAGUUUUGAAUAUUAUUUAAUAUGGUUCAUGAUACUGACUGAAGUGCAUUUUUUUCUCUAUGUUAGUCUCAGGUCCUCUUCCCAGAGUCAUUAGCAAAUGCCAUGAGAAGAAAGAAAUGCUCCUUUUGGUAUAUUUGGUCAUUUUUGAGUAUUUAUAUGAAAGUACAGGGACAUAAAGCAAGUGCAGAGUCCAGAAAAGAGGAUUUUGGAAAUUGUCUUUGAACGACAGUCACCUGAAUUCAGGCUCUAUGUUAAGUUGUCUUCUUUCUAACUUCUGAAAAGUCUGCCUUCUCUUCUUGAUAUCAUGCUGUUUCUACCUCCUGCCCAAACAUGUAUCCUCUCUAACCUCCCUUGUAUAAUGAGUAAAAAGCUUCUCAAGUCAUCGAAUUUAUUCGUGCUCAGAAGAUGGAUGUGGACUUUCUGGCCACAGGCCUUCACUGCACCUCCUUAGGGAAGACCAUUGCUGACCUUCCACUCCAAACGGAUUAUGAUCGAAUCCACACAUCCCUGGCACUCCCUUUGCUCUCUACUUUCUUCGAUGAAAUGACUGGAUCUCACCUGAAUUUGUAUCUAUUGCUCAGCUAGACCAGAGUCCAAUAGUCAAAUUAUUUUAAGAGAACAUUCAGCUUCACACUUUAUCUCAAACCUAUCUAAUUAUUGCUUAAUAUUGUAUCAAUAUGAAUAAGAAUAUAUAAAUAACAUGGCAGGUUUUACAACUAUGUUUCUUGCAUAAGAAACCCAUAAGGACAUCCUCAAAACUUCAUACAUUGGAAUUAAUGUAUAAUCACUGAAUGGAAAAAUUCAACUGAACAAGUGAAUAUAAUAUAUUAGCUUUCUUUACCAAAGAUCAUUUCUGUUAGGCAUUGUGACAAUCUGGUUUUGAAAACCCACCUUUAAGGCAAACAUCAUUCACCCUAAAAAUAAUCCACUAAAUGUAACUUCAACUUUCUAAUUCCCUUAUUUAAAAGCAUAAAUAUCAAUGAGAAAACAUUGAAAGAUAGAUGAAGUUUUUUUGUUGUUGUUUAUUGAUAUUUUCCUGUCAGUGGUUAUAAUUUGAUUAAAUUUUAGUUCUGUAUUGAAAGACAUGGAAAUAUUGUUCUCCAUUAUUUCCCUUUCUGUAGUUAUAAUUGAAGUUAUAAAAUUAAACUUUGUCUUCACAGUUUGUCAAGAAAAGAAACAAUUCCUAAGGGUUUAGUGGUUAAAGAUCACCGGAACCUAAAUUAUCUAUUUAGAAAAUUCUUUUUUGAGAAGUACAUCAUCCAAAUGAAAUUUUUAAAAAAAUAUAAUAUAUCCUAAAUGUGGUUAUACAAAUACUUAACCACUUAAGGCACCAGAAAACCCAGAGAUUUGCAAAAAAUAAAGGAGUAAUUAAUCAUACAUAUGCCUAAGAACAUAUUUCAAAAAUAAACCAUCAUUAAGAUUUAAAUACCUCAUAUAGCCAAAGCAAUCUUAAGCAAAA